AUGGCAAAGGCUCUAGCGAUCAUCUUGGUCGGCUUGCUCAUUCUCGUGGUUUGCUGCUCUUCAUCAAACAGAUUGGAUAUUGGUAAAAUUCGACAGGUGACAGACAAUUUAGAAGUAAAAGAUGUGGAGGGCCACUUCAAACACUUUAUGCAAAAGUUUGGUAAGGUUUACGGGACUACAGAGGAGUAUGUCCACCGGCUGAAGGUGUUUCAAGCAAAUCUUGCGCAUGUCAUGAGCCUCAAGAAGCAGGAUCCCACUGCCAUACAUGGGAUCACAAGCUUCGCAGACCUCACCCCUGAAGAGUUAUCGCGAUUCCUGGGAUUCCGUAAGGCGUACUCCAAUAGGGUUGUAAACCAGGCUCCUCUUCUUCCCACAGACAACUUGCCGGAGGCGUUUGAUUGGAGGGAGCAUGGUGCAGUGACCCCUGUCAAGUUCCAGGGACGCUGCGGAUCUUGUUGGACUUUUAGCACCACCGGAGUAGUGGAAGGCGCCAACUUUCUAAAGACUGGAAAACUCAUUAGCCUAAGUGAGGAGCAGUUGAUAGAUUGUGAUUACAAGGAUAACGGCUGCGAGGGUGGCGACAUGCUAAGUGCAUACGAGUAUGUAAAAGCCAGGGGUCUUGAGGCUGAGGAAGAUUACCCUUAUGAAGAACUUGGCUACAGACACAAACCCGUCCGUGGUCCGUGCCGUUACCAGCCAAGCAAGGUGGUUGCCACCAUUGCAAACUACUCAAGGGUGUCUGAGGAUGAGGACCAAAUCGCUGCCAAUCUGGUGAAAAAUGGGCCAUUGUCAAUUGCGUUAAGAGGAAAUGUUUUAUUUACUUACGAGGGUGGGGUUGCUUGCCCGCGCAUUUGCCCUGGGGAGAUAAACCAUGGUGUGCUGCUUGUUGGCUAUGGCGUAGAGAAUGGUUUGCGUUAUUGGACCUUCAAGAAUACUUGGACUGAUGAAUUUGGUGAAAAUGGCUACUUUAGGCUAUGUAGAGAAAUGAAUACUCCUAUCAGG